CAAGGUGCUGGACAGCAGUGUUGCUAUAAUGAACAAGGAAACUUGAUGAUUGGUCCAAAAAUGGAGGGUCCCUGAAACGGGUUCAUAUUGGUGCUGGAGUGCCAUUUCUCUCUCAUUUCUUCCACGACUUGAUGCCUUAUUCAGACUGCUGUGUAUUGUCUGAGAACUGUGGAAAGUACUUUGAGAAGAGACCAUCAGAUAACGGCAUGAAUUACGAGCCUCCACGGCCAGCCACUGGAGUCGGCGAACCUCACAUGGUUACUUUGGAUGGAGUUGAAUACACCUUUAAUGGUUAUGGCGAGUAUCAAAUUCUCCAGGUAGCACCUUCUGGGUUCAAGCUACAGGGAAGAAUGCAGCCUUUGAUCAAUAGCUACGGCAGAAAGACUCUUGGUACAGUUUAUAAGGCGUUUGCGAUGAAGGAAAAUGGCUCGGAUAUUGUUCAGGUUCACAUCAACGGCCGCAAUGAAGUUGACGUUCUGGUGAAUGGAGCUUUGAUGGAAUUUGAUGAGCGACUGCUAAUGGAUUUUAAUGGCGUCACAGUUUUAAAAUACAACAACUCCUAUAAAUAUUCCACCAUAUUCAAUUCUGGGAUAUCAGUUACAAUCGAGAAGGCCGAUGAACUUUUACAAAUGAUGCUACUGGUGCCACAGAUGUAUAAAGGAAACACAAGUGGCCUUCUGGGAUUCUGGGACGGGGACCAAGUAAAAGAAUACCUGCUUCCUAACGGAACCUUCCUUGACACUAAUUCAAACCAAUCACGAAUUCAUUACGAAUUUGGACAAAAGUGGGCUGUAACUGAAGAGGACUCAUUAUUCACAUACGAUUAUGGCGAAAAUCAUACCACUUAUGUCGAUGUGGAGUACAUACCGGUAUUUUUCGAUCAGGAAUUGAUUUUUGAUGACGUAAUCUUCGGUCAGAAGGCUCGAAAUGUGUGCGGUAAUAACAAGCAAUGCCUGUUUGAUAUUUACACCACUGGAAAGAUCAGCAUUGGGAUGAAUUCUAAGAAGGCCUUGGAGUCGUUUGUUGCUGUCGUAAAUGAGAUAGAGACCCCAGGCUGUAUACCAAUGGAGAACGUACUUCGCAAUGGUUUAAUGCAAAGAAAGGAUUCUAAAGAUGGAGCCAUGCUAUUCAAGUUCCAUUGUGACACAGGUUUCAGUCUCACAGGCCCUUCAGUUAUUCGUUGUUAUCAAGGACAGUGGAAUGGCUCUAGACCAAGCUGCGAACCAUCAGGUACGAAGAGGAGCUGGAAACUGUGGUAUGUCCUCGCUUCUGCCAUAGCAGGGAUCGUACUCAUUGUAGUGGUUAUUGUGGUCUUCUGUUGUAUUAGACGGAGAUGUAACAAUUCUGACGCCAAUGAAGGACGAGAAGCUUCACAAAUUGGACAAAAGAUCAACGCGGACUUAACUUUCAACAACCCGGCUUAUGUAUCAUGCAACGAUCUGAAAUCAGCUUGACAAUAUGCUCUGCCUCGUAUAUCAUCAUAUAAUCAAAGGAGAGAGGCUUGGAAAGCCAGAACAAUCAUCAAAGAAAUGGAAACAAGGAAUAACGAUGCUGAAGUUUAGGUUGGAAGCUCCCUAAUCGAGAUUAGUCUUUCGUCUUUUCACUAUGACAGAAUAAACUAUUGCACAUUUUGCACGGUCAGGUUAAGAACACCUUAUAAUAACCUUUAACAAAGAAAUAUGCUGGCUCUUCCAACCCUUUUUCCAGUCACGUCUACGUACUUAGAUUGUAAUUUAACAUCAGCCCCUAACAAAAGUAAUAUAGUGUGAGUUGGCCAACUGACUGGAAAUAGCACAUUUAUCACCUUUAAGUGAGGAAGGAACUAAACUUCUGUAGGCCACCAUCACCUUUAUUUGAAAUUAACUUCAUUUUUGGAUUAUUGUGUCGUCUCUAGGUCUUCUCUGGGUCUUCCAUGUAGGAGGCACAUAUUUCCGUUUAUUUUUCAUUGUAGAUAAUGUAA